ACUAUGAAGUCGUUAGCUGCGGUUUUGUACGUUCUUUCCUUGGGAACGUACCAGAUAAUUAUCGUGCAAGCUUUAAUUCCAGACUCUGAAAGAAAAGUGUUGGACUGUAACGUGACCGGAGAAUGGCACAGUGAACUCGGUUCCCAGCUACAUCUCAGCGCCGUUGGACCAGAAGUUAGAGGAGUGUACAGGACGGCGGUAGAGAGCACGCGCGGGGCGGCGGGUCCGAACCGAGAAGCUAAAGUGGUCGGGGUGAUGAGUGACGGCCCGCAGCCCACCGUCGCGUUUUCUGUGCUGUGGGCAAAAGGAUCAUGCACUACCUGGGUGGGUCAGUGUUUUGCUGUACCAGGAGGUGGCCAGGUCCUGAACACGCUCUGGAUGCUGCGCUCUGCUGUCACAAGCUUCACAGACAACUGGGACAGCACCAGGUUGGGAGAGGACCGCUUCAUUUUUGUACGAGGUGUGGAAAGCCCAUGACUGCUCUCAGUUCUGUUGGGUUCCGUAAUUGAUUGUCAUUUCAGACCAAUAAACAAUUGCAUAAUACAAUGUUUCAGUAUUUUUAUAUUUUCAAACCACAUUUAAAGUUGAACAGCUGCACAUCUGCAUUUUUUUGUCUUCAGAGCUUAUUAUAGGCUGGAAAGGAAUCUUGUUUCAUGUUUCUGGCUUCUGUACUGCAUCUGCUUUUUAUUUACACACUACCUUUUUUUCUCUGUGUUGGCUAUUUAAUAUUAAAAGAAGCAGAGUUAUGGUUGCCACGCUAAUGUUCAUUAUUUCCUUAAAACAACAUGAACAGAGGUGUAUAAUUACCGUUAUAACUUUUAUGGCAAUAUUACCUCAUACUUCAUCACACCACACCACAGUGCCAUCACUCAUUAAUUUUC